UUAUAUAUAAAUAUAAGAUUUUGCUUUUUUUUUACAUAGCGUUACCAAUCAAUUCGUACGAAGAAGAGAAUAAGUUAACAUUAGUAAUGGAAAAAAAAGAAUUAACAAAAGAAAAAUCGGACAUCCAACCAGAGUUUAAGAAAGUGCUUGAAGUGCUUGAAGCUAUGAAGUUACAGCUGGAAGAGUUACAUAUAAAAGUGUUGAAUAUAAGCAUAAUACUAGUUCAAUUAAAAAAUAAGCAAAGAUCUCCACGAAGCAAAAGUCACAGCCCACAGUCAAGAACUGCAGAUAACUUACGGAAAGACCUUGAAAAGUAAUAUAUACAGGGUGGACCAUUUUAAUCAAUCCACGCAAAUAUCUUAUAAAAUUGAAAAUAGAAGUGUCUAAUUUAAACAAAAAUACAACCAUUGAUGAAAAAGAACUGCGUAAAGAAAAGGUACGUAUUUCUAAUGAAAGAUAUCGGACGAGUGAAAACAUAAAAAAAGAAAUUGGACGAGAUAUUGAUAAUGCGAAUAAUGUAAUUUUUCCAAGAAAAAAAGCGAUUCCAGAAGAACAACUGCUAGACGAAAAAAACACGGACACAAGAAAAUAUACCUUUGGACACAAUGAAUCAAGAAGUUCAAUACAGCAAUAAUCUGCCGUCAAAUAUUGAAAGAAAAGAAUUGAAAGAAGAAAAACAAGACUAUGAUGAAGAUACAUUUUCAUCUAGAAGAACUCAAUCAUGUGAAUCAGAUAUUCAAGUAUCAUCAUCGUGUUCAGAAUUAGGCGCAAACUGGUAUCCUUCAUAUAGGUCUUACAAUAAUACUUGCAUGCGUUUUCCUGAAUCUAUACCGUACAGAACACCUAGACCAAUGUACAAAAUGCCUGAAUUGAUGUCGACUUACAGAAUGCCUGAAUCGAUGUAUAGAAUGGAUGAACCGAUGUCAAUGCACAGAAUGCCACGGCCUUUCUUAAUGCCCUGCCUUCCAGGAUCCCAAGGUCUUCCAUACCCUCCAAGACGGCCAGGCCAAUAUCCCGUGCAAUUUUCAUCGAAAAUGAGCAAUUGCCGAUGUUCGCUACCGUUUCAAUAAUCUCUAGUCCAGAAAAUUAGACUUUGACUUCAUAAAAAUUAUGACCAAGCUGAA